GUUUCUCUAAACGCUUUCUUACGAUCGUACGCGUUCUUGCGAUCCUACGUUCUUACGUCUUUAAGCGUUCGUUCUCGAUUGCUCGAGCAACAGCGAUCCAAUCGGCGAGCCCCCCGCACCCCGGCCAACGAUACAUCGCGAUCGAUCGACGCCGCACCGUAUCGGUUUCUCAUACAGUUGCUAGCCGAGAAUGCCGCGUAAUUUGUCGGAAGCCGACAGAAAGAAGAAUCAAUUCGACAAGGAAGAACGAGUUCAUCUAUUGGCUAUAAUGAAGCAGUACGCGCCUCUGUUGGACAAGAGUGCUUCUACCUUGGCCCGUAAAAAAAUUUGGACGACCAUCGAGGACGAGUUUAAGAAGGCCGGCUUUACUCGCAAAACGUCCGCACAAUUGAAGAAAUAUUGGCAAAAUUACAAGUAUCACUGCAAGAAGGCUAUGGCGUUUGGCAAGGAAAAUAAGAAGUGCAUAGAAUCAGAGACGACCGAGUGCCUCGAGUGGAAUAGAUACCAAGUUUUUGUAGAGAAUCGGUCGCCGACUAAGUUUUCGCAAAUUCCUGACGUUGUUCGAUCGUUGGCCGAUCAUUUGCAGAGGUCGCCGACGAAAUCAGGCGGCCGGUUUCGUGACAAAUACGAAGACAACGCAGCCAACGCUCACCAUUCCAACAACCCGGAUGCUUUCAUUGAUCUGUCGCGAGUCAAAGUGGAGCGGAACGACGACCAAGCGUCCGACGAUUCCAAGGCGGAAGGCACGAACACAUUGGAGAAUGUAAGUCUUAAGGAGGACAUCAAUUUGGAGGAGAGAAAGGAGAUCCUUGCGAACGAGGAUCGUCUGGUGGUAUCGACAUCAUCGUCGUUGUCGUCAUCGUCGUCUUCGUCGUCGUCGUCGUUGUUAUCGAAUAACGCGACAGAGUGCAAAACUAUGAAUCGGAUCGUGGUGUCCAACGCGCGUAUUUCCAACAACAGCGUCACCGUGUCGGUGAUUUAUCCCGAGAACGACAACUCGUACUUUUCCACAAACGCGAUCGACGGCACGGUGCAGGCAUCUUUGCCUUCCAGGCGGACAGGUAAAAAGCAAAAAGAUCGUUGUUACUUGGCAACAACGGUCAACAUGUCCAACGUUCUUUGCAUUUUAGCGGACGCUGUGUGGAACGAACAGCAGGCGCAGCAAGGCGACUGGUUAAAUUCGAGAAAAACACGCGCCACGAACGAUGGUGCACGCGCGAUGCCAUUCGGUUACCACCACAAUUUAGCGGAAUGUAAAAACGAUCGAACGCGUUCGAAGGAAACGAAUGCAAACAGCGAGGUAUACGGUUCCUUGGAAUGCAACGCGAACGACGAUUCAUCUCGCGAUAAGAAAAUGGAAAAAUCGUCGAAGGAAGAUGGCGACGUGAUCGCGACGGAGAGCGACGAGAACGAGGUCGGUGGUGUCCGCGCGAGAAACUCGACAGCUCGAAGGGACCAAAGCUUCGGAAAGGGCUACGUGUUUCUCACGGAUUAUCGUAGUCGAUUGAAGCACCGGUUGCUUCUGCAACAGCUCGAAGCGGAGGAGAAACGACUGAAGAUCAAAAUCGCAGAAAUGGCCAUUCAAGAGGUGCAGCUGAGGAUAAAAGCCUUGAGCGAGGAUAUGCGACGCACGGAGGAGUUGCAUCGGUUGCGUCUAGCGCGCACUGCAGCUGGAAAUCGGCAAACGUUCGAGUAGCCAAACCUGCGCGGCAUUGCUGAAAAGACAAGAAAAGGUGGAGGGCAAGGUGGUGCGUUCACGUGUGCUUC